AGAAGGAGGAAGAAGCAGAAGAAGAAGCAGAAGCAGAAGUACAAAGCGCAGAAGAAGAAAAGCAGAAGUAUCCAGCAGCAACAACAACACGGAGCCUCAGCUCGGCUCGCUUCGGCUCUCACAGGAAACACACUUUAAUGUUCCACUUCCUCCGCACUCGUACUGACGUAGUGGACUGGCUGUUAGGUGUGUUUGAACUCUUUCAGCGGCUCGUGUCAGUCGCUUCUCGGUAAUCUGACCUGCUGCUCGGACACUCGCGGACACGGCGAGCCUGUGAUGCGCUGAAGACACCGGGAAGGAGGAAGGAGGACGACACCGCACACGGUACACGUCAGGUGAUGACAGUUGAGAAGCUUUAGCUGCAAGUCAGAGAUAUCAUGGAGGACGACUGCAGGCCUCUGCUGAGCUCAGAGCAGCCUGUAGAGGGCUACUCACACAGAGGCUCCACAGACUCACUGGACUUCAAGGCUAAAAGGCCUUUCCAUGUCGAGCCCAGGAACAUCGUAGAUGAUGACCCACAGGAGAGAGUCUCUGCUGAGGCUGCAAUUCUCAACAGUAGAGUCCAUUACUACGGCCGACUCACAAACUCUUCUGACAGACUGCUAAGUCCUCCAAACCAUGUGAUCCCAGGGCCAGAGGAGAUCUACAUCUACAGCCCACUGGGUACAGCUUUCAAGGUGACAGGCACUGACCCCUCCUCUAAAAACCCCAGUAUCAUCACCAUAUUUGCUAUAUGGAACACAAUGAUGGGCACAUCCAUACUCAGCAUACCAUGGGGUAUAAAACAGGCAGGCUUCACUCUUGGGAUCCUCAUCCUCAUCUUCACAGGCCUGCUAAUGCUCUACUGUUGUUACAUCGUCCUCAAAUCACCCAAGGCAAUACACUUUUCUGCUACACUACUUCAACUUCGCUCAACACGUCAACUUUCUGUCACCUACGUGGACACAUCCGAUUGGGAAUUCCCUGAUGUUUGUAGGUACUACUUUGGCAAGUUUGGCCAGUGGUCCAGCUUGGUCUUCUCGAUGGUGUCACUAAUUGGAGCCAUGGUGGUUUACUGGGUCCUCAUGUCCAAUUUCCUCUACAACACAGGGCAAUUUAUCUACAACUAUGCUCACAAUGCCAGUGUGUCAAAUUCACAGUUUGGAACCAAUGGCUCUGAUAAAGUCAUUUGCCCAUACCCAAACACUGACCCUGGUGGGAACGUCACCAUCGUUGCACUUUACCUCGGUAACAGUGCAAAUGAUACUUCUGAUGUCAGCACUUUUGAACACUGGUGGAGCAAAACCAACACUGUCCCCUUUUACCUCGUCAUCCUCCUGCUGCCACUACUCUGCUUCCGCUCAGCUUCCUUUUUUGCAAGGUUCACCUUCCUGGGUACCAUAUCAGUGAUCUACCUGAUUGCACUGGUCACUCUUAAAGCUGUGCGCCUUGGCUUCCAUCUGGAGUUCCACUGGUUUGACCCAUCACAGUUCUAUGUUCCAGAGUUCAGACUGCUCUUCCCUCAGCUGACUGGUGUCCUCACUCUGGCCUUCUUCAUCCACAAUUGCAUUAUCACAUUAAUGAAGAGCAACAGGCACCAAGAAAACAAUGUGCGGGACCUGUCUGUGGCUUAUCUUCUAGUAGGGCUGACCUAUCUGUAUGUUGGAGUGUUGAUCUUUGUUGCCUUUCCUUCACCACCUCUCUCGAAGGACUGCAUUGAACCAAACUUCUUAGAUAACUUCCCCAGCAGCGAUGUGAUGGUCUUUGUGGCUCGGACCUUUUUGUUGUUCCAGAUGAUCACAGUCUACCCCCUGUUGGGAUACUUGGUGCGGGUCCAGAUGAUGGGUCAAAUAUUUGGCAAUCAUUACCCCAGUUUCUUCCACGUUCUGGCACUGAACGUCCUAAUUGUUGGUGCUGGUGUACUGAUUGCCAAGUUUUAUCCUAAUAUUGGAUCUAUCAUAAGGUUCUCUGGAGCAACAUGUGGCUUGGCUUUAGUGUUUGUAUUCCCUGCCUUAGUCCACAUGAUCUCCCUGAGAAGGCAGGGGCUGCUCCGCUGGCCAUCAGUCCUCUUUCACAGUUUCCUGAUCCUGCUGGGCGUAGCCAACCUGCUGGCUCAGUUCUUCAUGUAGAGAAGCAGUCAGACACAAAAUCCAUUCAGAAGCACAUCUUCAUCACGUCUUUAAAUCUUUCACAUGUAGCACAUGUAAUGUGCAUAACCCCCGCAGUAUGUAUUGUUUCAAUUAUGUCAGGGCCACCAGAAUAAUGAGCACCACCGCAGCCUCCACAUAGUCAGAUUUGCUGCAGUAAGAAUGAUUGUUGUGAUUUUUUAAAGUUUAUGUUUCCAGAGAAUAACAGGAUUCCAAUGUUUUGGUUUGGGCUUUUUAUCUUCAUUAUGAAACCCAGCCAGUGUUAUUUCUAUGACUGGAAUCUUUCUUAUAGAUCAUUUUUUCACGGUACUUCUACCUAAACUGCUAAAAGACCUGCCCAGCCAUGUAGUACAGACACACUGUCAACUGUGUUCAAACUGUGUUUGAUGAUAUGAGUAACAAGCUAGCAGAAACUCUCCAGUUUUCAGUGAACUUUGAAGCAGCCCAAAUUGAUAUAUAAGAACAAUUAAUCGUGUGUCUCAUAGUGAUGAACCUGCAAAUAAUUUUCCGCUGACUAUCCAACUCUGCUCAGCUUUUACAGAGUUUUAUAGUCAGUUUCAGCUGUUCGACUCACAACCUUUGUUUUGGUUCACCCUCCUAUAGCAUUAUUUUCAGCCAAAGAAGAAAGCUAUUUUCAGAAGCAAAGCUCUAAAAAUCCACUUUAGCCCACCUGCUCCGCACAAAACAGCAGACAGGAACAGUUGUAGAUUAACGGUUGAACAUAGUUACUGAGAUAUCUCCCUCAGCUGUUGGUGGAGAUGAAAACCUGAGCUAAAAGAGAGAAAAUAUUAGACUUCCAUUUAUCAGUUGGAAUGAUGAUGCUCUGUGACUGUAAAUAUUCAACAUAUUAAGGUUGUUUCUGCUGCUUGCAGUCAAUUUCUUACAUCUUUUAGCUGGAUUUUAUUUUCAUCACAUAUGUUGUGUUUUGCUGAUACCAGGGAAUCCUAUUAAUAAUUUAGUGAUUAUGUAAACUCUAAUUUGUGUGUGUGUGUGUGUGUGUGUGUGUGUGUGUGUGUGUGUGUUGAGGACAGCCAUAUUAUUGUGUGCAUAUUUUUUUGAAGAAACUGAAGAAUCUUUUAAUUUUUACAAGUAGUGUUGAUUUACAUAGUUGACCUGUUUAUAUGAUGCCUAUUUUCUAAAUCCUGUGCCUAAUAUGUUCUAAUAAUGUAUUGCUUCAUGUAUUUUACUAAUGGUAGGAUCGAAAAGGGGAAAUGUGUGUGAAAAUAAACCAUGUCUUUAAGAACUCCA